AUGUGGCGGCGCGUGCUCCGCAUCGACUGCGGUGGCCAUCAUCGUGAUAUGCGUACAGUGGGGAAAAGGUCGUGGGACCUUAUGCUGCAGACAUCGCAUGCAGAGGUUCGGACGAUACAAGAUAUGGAAGGUGGACUGGCGCCCUCGCCGCUUUGCAUAGUUUCCUCGGCGAUAACGCAUACAACAUCGCUUGGAAACUUUGUCAAAUCAAUCUCCAGAAACAUCUUCAGGCAUGGCGCAUUCUAUUAUCCCAUCAAAGGCCGCACCGUAGUCGCCAAAGCGGAUAUCCCAACGGGAACUCGCUUCUUCCCUGAAACGCCCCUCCUCGCGCUCUCCAACUCCCAGACCUCUCUACGUGAGCUCAUCGAAGACGUCAACGGCCUAUCCUACGAGCACAACUACCUCUUUCUCCAGCUUUCCCGUCAUGCAUCAGCCUCGAUCAAAGAGCAAGCCUUCAACGAGUUCCAGUGCAAGACCUAG